UUUUUUUUAAAUAACCAGACUGUUCUAGAAAGAGAAGGGAACUUUGGAGACUAAGAAAGUGUACAGGUAGAUGUCCAGAGAUGGGAUAACACCUCCUAAUCCUGGGAAGAAGCAGAGGCUGCCAGCCCCAGGAAGGAUACAGCCCAAGUCCAGUGUCCUUUCAGUACCUCAAUAAGUAUACACCUGGGGAGGGAGGCUGGACUUUGCUGAGGCUAGUACCCCAGGGCUGCCAGUUUCAGCAAAGUUCUCAGAUAAGCGAUUCCUUUCAGAAAAUCAUAUGGACAUGGUCCAUCAUCAUAUUACAAGGCUAGGGAGGGUUUCAGCCUCCCUUCUCAUAAUCCCCAUCAGUGCCACUUAACCCUACCCCCAUAAAAAUACACAACAUAAGUAAACACAGUAUGUUUGCUCUACAAACACACUUUCAAUUCAGGUCCUCUAUUUCCUUCUAUCUAGGUUGCGCUCCAUCCCAAACCCUUCCUAAAAAGAAACUCUUGAGCCUCUAAAGGAUUAUACCAGCAGAGAUGGACCUAGAUAAGAGAGCCCUCCCCAUAUAUUCUGGAGCCUUUGUAUGACUUGUAAAUUAACUGUCCUACUACUCAGAUGGGGAACUCAGAGCCAAAUUGAGCAAUAAUGAUGAUGAUGAUAAUAAUAAUAAUAAUGCAAUGUAACAUUUCUUGUACUUAGAGUAAAUAUUCACACAAUACAAUAAAAAUUAUUCAACUUAAAACCUGUAUUUACAUAACAAAAUCUAUGCCCUAACUAUAGGUAUCUUACUUUUAUUCUCUAUGAAUAUCUGCUGAAGUACUUUUAAAACUAUCAAGCUUCUACUUCAAUUGUGCCCAAGGCAAGGAAAUUUAGUACAUUUUAGAUUUUAGUACAUGGCUGGGCAAAGUCUUGAAGGGAGAGCAGUGUAAUGGUUGGGUCAAACACAACCAUUGCACAAGGGAGCAAGCAGCACUGGGGAAGAGAAUUUAAAAGGGAAAGAUUUUCUCUCUGGAAAUUCUACAUUGAGAGAGCUUCUGUGCUAUAACUCUAUAAGGUUCUAUGUUCUCUUUUUGUAACAGAAGCCAUUGCCUUGUAUUAAGACAUUAAUAAGAAUUAACUUUUUGUAUAGAUGAGUUUAAGAAAUAACCUACAAAACUGCUAAUACAGGUAUAAGACAGAAUGCCCUUCUGCAUUGGCAGUCACUACAGCAGAUUUGGAAAACUAGAAACCUGUGGGCUAACUUUGGCCUAAAACUUUUUUAGUGUCCAGAAAAUGCUUAUUAAAAUUUUUAACUUAAGUGUUACAGAAUAAAUAUUAGGAGAUUUACAUAAAAAUCUUUGUUUCUCAGCUUUAAAAAAAAACAGAAGAUCUGGCAACAUUGGGCCACCUUAUGUUCACCUGGCAACAAUCAGCUGAACCAAGAAAUCACUGAGCCCUUUAAACCUCCCAGCUCACUACCGUCCAGCAUCUUCAGUCCCUAUGACAUUGUAUCUGCCCUUUUUCACUCAUUUGGAUAUCCAGUGGUCCCUGAAGGCAUCUGAAUUGGUGACCUCUGUACCAAAGAUGUGAGAAACAGUCAUUAAAUAUGCAGCAACCUGGAAUGAGGGGUGGCCCAGCAUUUGAAGGCCAGAGAAGGCCUUGAUAUUCACAUAUCCUUUGCCAACACUGUAUACUAGACAUGAGAGAUGGAGCAGGCCCUGCAUCAAAUUCCUUUUAGCCUUUUUCCUGCACUGAACUGUCUUAUAUGACAGAUUUCUUCUCAGUUAUUAAAUCUAAUCCAUAGCUACUCAGUGUAUAUAAGGACUGGAAGGACAUUUAAAGAGCUGAUUCCGACCCUGCCUCUCCUGGUUAUGUUAGGCAGGUUGCUUUUAAAUAAAUGGGGGUCUCAGUUCCUCCUUUCAUAAAACUAAUGUGUCCACCUGGAAUCAUCAUGAAGAUCAUUUUUAGUUGGGCUGUCUCCAUCUAUACCACCUCCAACUUAUCUAGAAUCUACUCAACCCUCAAGAGCUGUUCAAGUUCUAUCACCUCCAUUAAACCUCUUCAGACUUCUCCUUUCUUUGAAUUUUUGAGCUUAUCACCAACACCGUCCAAAUUAGCAUUUACUAAUUUUCUAAUUGCUUUGCUUUUAUACUGGUUCACUUGCCACACUGAAACAGAAAAUUCCUCUAGAGACUUUACAGUUUAAUUUUUAAAUCCUUUACAGCAUGUUAUACUUAACUGGUAUUCAAUGAUUAUUUAAUUAUUUAAACCAGAUAAAGAUACAGAAAAUAUGUAUAAAAUGGCAACCUUCCCAAAAAGCACCUUUCAUCAGCCUCCUCAAAAUAAAUUAUUCUAACCAGCAUCAUAACUUGACCAUCUGAUUCAGGCAGGCAUAAUGUGUACUAUGCCUGUGAGACAUCAAUGAAAAGACACUGCUAGAUUACCAUAUUACUUUGUACUUGAUCAUUUCCUCCUUCCACAGUUGAAAAGCUCAAAAGGGGAAAAAUACAAACAAACAUUAACUCACUACAAUAAUAUAUUAAUCCGUGAAAGAUUUGUUACCCACUAAAAUAGGGCAUGAGAAAAAUUUUCCUAUUAUAAUUUUUUUAAAAAAUCAAUUACUAGUAAGAAGCUACAGGUCAGAUAUUUGAAAACUACAACGAAAACCAUCCUUACUCCUCCCCCACCCCCUUGGAUGUCAUCAGAAAUUCUGAGUAAGAGUAGGCCAAGUUAGGAUAUCAUGUGGGUGGGGAUUUACCCACAUUCACCGGAAAAGCAGUGGGAUACAGGUUUUACUUGUUCCGGUCAAACAUCCCUUCCCCCUCACCUCCCAAAUAAUUAAGGCUUUAGCUAUGUGCUCAGUCCUUUACUAUCAAAAAAAAAAAAAAAAAAAAAGAGAGAGAGAAAAGAAAAGUUCAAGUACAGAAUUAUUUUUAGAUUAUAGUCCGCUUAGAGAUGAACUAUUUGAAUAAGGUUUCUACUUUUGGAAAGCGGAGAAAACUAGGUAGUAAAGCCUCUAUUUCCCUUCUAAGAGUAAACUUUUUAAUCCAAUUUGAUGAUUACCUUAAUUUCUCUACUACAUGAAUUUAAGAUAACACUGUAUCACUAAAGUAAAUGAAAUUAGCAAGCGUUAAUCACGUCUUAACAACUAGCCAAUCUUAGUGGAUUGAAAUUAAGUCAAUUUACAAACUGUUUUCCUGUGGAGCAACACUUAAUACAGGUGUUUCCACUUAAUCCAAUUCAUUCUGUAAUUCACAUUAUACACCUACUAUGUUUGAGGGUCUGAAUCAAAAAGGAGUGUACCCGUACGGUGGGGAAGGCAUUUAUUGGGAGGGGAGGACAUGGAAUCAUGGCCCUAAUCCAUUUAAAAUAAUGAAAAAUACUGAUUAAAUAUCUAUAAACUUUCCCGGGGAAUCCCAGUGGAACAGAACAUGGUUUUAUAAGCUGAGGGUAAAAACAAGCGUCUCAGUUUUUUUAUUAAAAGAACUUUUUUAAACUGCCUUUCAACAGUUUGAAAGCUUUCAAUGGUUUGUUUUAUCUGGUGUUUCUGAUCAACCAAUUAAUCCAUCCUCUGACAGGAACUGUCAGUCUAUCCACACACAAUCUGAAAGGGACUCCAGAUUAGGCUCCCUCUUUUAGCCACGCCUACACAGGAAGCAUCCUGUGGAUGGAAUGGAAAGUAUGCCAGGCCUUUGCACGCCCCUCACGCCCCCAUCUCCUCCGCUUAACCUCGACAGCCUCUUACCUUUAAACCCUAGCUAGGUUUUCACACAGCCCUAUCAAAUAAAAAGGACAAUACUCAAACUGAAUUAGAGAAUGAGAAUUGUCGAGGUUUCUUUUAAUUUAGAUCAAUGCCAGUUUUACUCUUCUUCUAGAGUCCUUUUUAAGGAGAUAUCAUCCCAACCAGUUGUGAUCCCAGAGAAUCACAACAGGGCAUGGCGUAGGAAAGACCUCGAAGCUCAAUUCUCUAUUAUACCAUGCCCACCAUACGAAAGGCAUUUAACCUCCCGCGUGAUUUUGUCCUUAAGAUGCUCCACAAGAUCUAACACAACUCCUACAUCUAAGAGUCGACUCACUAAUUUCAAGGGUUUUUGUUUUUGUUUUUAUAAGCUCUGCGUGUGGCACCCGAUAACUUCAAGUUUAGAGUGAGCAGUUUCCUCCCAAUGCCGUCUGCUCAACUACAGUACUAGGAGUUUUGAGGAGCGGCUCUCUAGCGAGUCCUCCUGCUGCGUCCUCCCCCACACGCACGCACCAAGUUCCACAGCUUCCGCAGCCGUCGGGGAACAAAGUCCUUAUUUGGUCACGGCCAUCCCCUUACAUAGUGGAGGUGGAGAUCCUCCUCUCCAAGGACCACCCGCGUAGGGCGAGAUUCCCCAAUUCUGACUUUUCACUACUAUCCCCCACAGGGGCGGGGCUCCAACUCCAGGUAACCAGACCAGGCAACCUGGACUUCCAAUUAGCAGGGGAGUCCCCAAGCCAGCCUGGCCAAUCUCGGCCGGCUAGCCAAGACGACCAGACGUGACGUCAGACAUGAUUAAGUUGGCGCGUCACCUAGACGUCAGCCUCUUACCUCUCGGACGUCCCGUCCCAGGAGCAAAACUCUAGUGACUUUGGGCCCGCCCCCGUGAGAGUGGAGGGCGGCCGAUGAGGGCGGUUCUGAAGGGAACGAGACCAAUGAGACGAGCCCGGGGCGGGGCGCGGGGCCGGAGGGUGGGGCGGGUGGCGGCGGUGGCAGUCCGAGGUCUGGCUCCGCGCAGUAUAUGACAGUACGUCAGCAGCGGGAUGGCCCUAGCAGUGGCGGCGGCUGCAGAAGCCCAAGCAGCCGCGGCCGCAGUGGAGGCUAGAGCCGGAGCGGCGGCGGCGGCGGCACCCCGGGGAGUUUAAGAUGGCGGCGGGGGGGACAGGGGGCCUGCGGGAGGAGCAGCGCUAUGGGCUGUCGUGCGGACGGCUGGGGCAGGACAACAUCACCGUACUGCAUGUGAAGCUCACCGAGACGGCGAUCCGGGCGCUCGAGACUUACCAGAGCCACAAGAAUUUAAUUCCUUUUCGACCUUCAAUUCAGUUCCAAGGACUCCACGGGCUUGUCAAAAUUCCCAAAAAUGAUCCCCUCAAUGAAGUUCAUAACUUUAACUUUUAUUUGUCAAAUGUGGGCAAAGACAACCCUCAGGGCAGCUUUGACUGCAUCCAGCAAACAUUCUCCAGCUCUGGAGCCUCCCAGCUCAAUUGCCUGGGAUUUAUACAAGAUAAAAUUACAGUGUGUGCAACAAACGACUCGUAUCAGAUGACACGAGAAAGAAUGACCCAGGCAGAGGAGGAAUCCCGCAACCGAAGCACAAAAGUUAUCAAACCCGGUGGACCAUAUGUAGGGAAAAGAGUGCAAAUUCGGAAAGCACCUCAAGCUGUUUCAGAUACAGUUCCUGAGAGGAAAAGGUCAACCCCCAUGAACCCUGCAAAUACAAUUCGAAAGACACAUAGCAGCAGCACCGUCUCUCAGAGGCCAUACAGGGACAGGGUGAUUCACUUACUGGCCCUGAAGGCCUACAAGAAACCGGAGCUACUUGCUAGACUCCAGAAAGAUGGUGUCAAUCAAAAAGACAAGAACUCCCUGGGAGCAAUUCUGCAACAGGUAGCCAAUCUGAAUUCUAAGGACCUCUCAUAUACCUUAAAGGAUUAUGUUUUUAAAGAGCUUCAAAGAGACUGGCCUGGAUACAGUGAAAUAGACAGACGGUCAUUGGAGUCAGUGCUCUCUAGAAAACUAAAUCCGUCUCAGAAUGCUGCAGGCACCAGCCAUUCAGAAUCUCCUGUAUGUUCUAGUAGAGACGCUGUAUCUUCUCCUCAGAAACGGCUUUUGGAUUCAGAGUUUAUUGAUCCUUUAAUGAAUAAAAAAGCCCGAAUAUCUCACCUGACGAACAGAGUACCACCAACACUAAAUGGUCAUUUGAAUCCCACCAGUGAAAAAUCUGCUGCAGGCCUCCCGCUGCCCCCUGCGGCUGCUGCCAUCCCCACCCCUCCACCGCUGCCUUCAACCUAUCUGCCCAUCUCACAUCCUCCUCAGAUUGUAAAUUCUAACUCCAACUCCCCUAGCACUCCAGAAGGCCGGGGGACUCAAGACCUACCUGUUGACAGUUUUAGUCAAAACGAUAGUAUCUAUGAGGACCAGCAAGACAAAUAUACCUCUAGGACUUCUCUGGAAACCUUACCCCCUGGUUCUGUUCUACUAAAGUGUCCAAAGCCUAUGGAAGAAAACCAUUCAAUGUCUCACAAAAAGUCCAAAAAGAAGUCUAAAAAACAUAAGGAAAAGGACCAAAUAAAAAAGCACGACAUUGAGACUAUUGAGGAAAAGGAGGAAGAUCUUAAGAGAGAAGAGGAAAUUGCCAAGCUAAAUAACUCCAGUCCAAAUUCCAGUGGAGGAGUUAAAGAGGAUUGCACUGCCUCCAUGGAACCUUCAGCAAUUGAACUCCCAGAUUAUUUGAUAAAAUAUAUCGCUAUCGUCUCCUAUGAGCAACGCCAGAAUUAUAAGGAUGACUUCAAUGCAGAGUAUGAUGAGUACAGAGCUUUGCAUGCCAGGAUGGAGACUGUAGCUAGAAGAUUUAUCAAACUAGAUGCACAAAGAAAGCGCCUUUCUCCAGGCUCAAAAGAGUAUCAGAAUGUUCAUGAAGAAGUCUUACAAGAAUAUCAGAAGAUAAAGCAGUCUAGUCCCAAUUACCAUGAAGAAAAAUACAGAUGUGAAUAUCUUCAUAACAAGCUGGCUCACAUCAAAAGGCUAAUAGGUGAAUUUGACCAACAGCAAGCAGAGUCAUGGUCCUAGAACUCUGCUUGGACCAGAAGAUGUGAAUAAACUUAAGCUUAUUUAUUUAAAAUUCCAAAUGAGUUGCUCUAGAUUCUAAAAAGGUGAAACUUUGGCUGUUGAAAGUUUCAGUAUUAGUAAACUUGAGUUACUUUUUCUUUUCCAUUUUACUUUGCUUCCCUGCAUUUCGAAGCUGCUCUUUCUGGUCCUCCCCACCCCCCCACCCCCAAGACUUGUGUUUGUUAAUAGAAAUAAUUUUUUUAGGUAUUGGGGAUCCAUUGUCUAUAUUUCAAAUCAGUUUUUUUUUCCUCAAAAACUUGUGUUUGUUAUUAGAAAUGAUUUUUUAGAUAUUGGGGAUCCAGUGUCCACACUUAAAAGUUGUAUGUGUUUAAAAAACAACAACAACAGUAAUGUGCAAGGUGAAAUGCUUUUGGAUAAACGUAAGCCUAUUUUCUGACCUUUCUUAAUGCAAACUCUUUGCCUUAAAUGGUAGAAUAUUUAGAAAUUUGCACAAAAUUAAAAAAAUAAACAUUGUCUUGGAGGGUUAAAAAAUAGAAAGGUGUAUGUGUAUAGAUUCACAUACACAUAUGUAUAUACAGGCUGACUUGAUCUAGAACAUUAAAUCCGCCCUGCAAGUUAACCCCCCAUUGCAAUGGUUGCCUUAAGGUGUUUGCUAGUUGUGUACAUAGUGUGGUUAAUCAUUAGCUACACUGCUUCCCACUUGACUAGAGCAAUGGGAAGCAUACUGUGGCCUACCAGCAUCUGGAAGUGUGUGCUCGAUCUGUAUGUGUGCAGAGGUGGUGUGGAUGUGAGCGUGCAUGAAGGAAAAAAAGCUGCUACUCCUAGUAGGCCAAACGCUCAGGUUAAACAACUGACGAGUGUUACUGUAGGGUGUUUUUUUGUUUUUUUGUUUUUUUUUUCUAUCAAAUUGCUACUUUUGUUGUGGAAGACAAAAGCAUUUCCAUUUCAACGAGUUUGUCAGCUUUAUUAAUGUUGGGCAAAAAUUGAUAUGUCAUGAAAAUGAAACAGAUCUAUAGUUUUGGGACAAAAUUAUAAAAUGAAAUGUGUAGGUAACCUAUUUAUAUACUGCUAUAAAGUAUUUUUUGAAGAGAGAUAUGCAAAGAAGCUAUUACCUACAUAAGAUGUAUAUUUAAAGAUUUUUUUUUUCAUCCUGGUGCCAGGAAUAUAAAAAAGAGUGGAUAUAUUUAACCAUAACAUACUGUGAUUCAUCAAACAGCACAAACUUUCAUUUCAUGGAGUUUAUCUGUUGACAUUGAUUUAAACUGUCACUUGUUUUAUCAUGUGGGAACAUAAGUUAUGUGGUCAAAAAUAUAAGGAUUUUGAACUAAUGUUGAUUCAAGUUGUAUUGUCUUAUUGUAUUGUCUUUUCAAAGUGCUGCCAGUUGAAAAGGGAAGCAUUAUGUUUACAAAUCUGUUUUGAAAUGUUUGCCAAAAUUUUGGUAGUGUCUUUAAUAAAGAUGUUUGUCUCCAGCAUCCAGAAAAAUAAA